AUGCGGCGCGCGCAGAGCCGGUGCGCGGUGGCCCGCGCCCUGGUCCUAGCCGGCCUCUGGCUGGCCGCAGCCGGGCGCCCCCUAGCCUUCUCCGACGCGGGGCCGCACGUGCACUACGGCUGGGGGGAGCCCAUCCGCCUGCGGCACCUGUACACCGCCGGCCCCCACGGCCUCUCCAGCUGCUUCCUGCGCAUCCGCGCCGACGGCGGGGUGGACUGCGCGCGGGGCCAGAGCGCGCACAGUCUGAUGGAGAUGAGGGCGGUCGCUCUGCGGACCGUGGCCAUCAAGGGCGUGCACAGCGGCCGGUACCUCUGCAUGGGCGCCGACGGCAGGAUGCAAGGGCUGCCUCAGUACUCCGCCGGAGACUGUACUUUCGAGGAGGAGAUCCGUCCCGAUGGCUACAAUGUGUACUGGUCCAAGAAGCACCAUCUCCCCAUCUCUCUGAGUAGUGCCAAACAGAGGCAGCUCUACAAGGGCAGGGGCUUUUUGCCCCUGUCCCACUUCUUACCUAUCUUGCCCGGGAGCCCAACAGAGCCCAGGGACCUGGAAGACCAUGUGGAGUCUGACGGGUUUUCUGCAUCCCUGGAAACAGACAGCAUGGACCCUUUUGGGAUCGCCACCAAAAUUGGACUAGUGAAGAGUCCCAGUUUCCAAAAAUAAGUGGGGCUGUGGCCUGACCUCCCACCCCUGCCCCCAGCCCUUAGAGGCCAGGACCCCAGACGUGUGGUGGGUUCUGGCUGUGCUUCUACAAAUACGAUCCUGGGCUCGUGUUCCAGUUAGCUUUAGGAAGAGACAUCUAGAGCUUGUACAUGUACAGAGUUUUCCAUCGGCUAUGCCAGUUCCUAGCAGAUAGACUUGUAUGAUCAUAAAAUCAUAAGCCCUCCACCCUGCACCUUUGCCAUUGCUGGACAGUUUGCUGUGGUGCCCUGAUUCUGCUUGAAUACCUCCACUGGCCGGGAACUCACUACCUUUGGGAACGUUCUCUCCCAUCAUUUCUAGCAGGGGCAGCCAGGAAAAAAGCGGUCAUUUUAAACUCACGUAUAGGUGAUCAGCUUUGUGAAAACUUACCAGGACAGAACUGACCGGGCAUGGGCAUACCUCACCAGGCUUCAGGAACUGGGAGAACCCAGAGCCCGGGAAAACUUUUAAGAACUCCCCACUACGGCUGGUUCUGGGAUAGAUCACCUUCAUCGGACUACUUGGCAGUCUGCCUGCCCCCCCCACCUUGACCACCAGUGCCCUGCACAUAGCCAACAUUUGCUAAGGCUCAGGCUGAUUCCCCUAAAUGAAUGGGCACCUACUGAGAGGGACAGGACACGAGGACAGCCCCAGCAGCCCUUGCCAUCACAAUGCAGGUUUCCACAGGAUCCCAUCUCUGGACGUGUGGGUUUCACAUGAUUGCCCCUCAGGACAGAACCUUCCUGGUCUCGGCGACGCUGCGGCUCUGGCGUGUUCCCUCCUUUCUUAAGCACCAAGGAUUCCAAGAAGAGUGGAGCAGAUGUGGCUUCUGGGGCUCCUUCCCCUUUCCUAGCCCUUCGCUGGGCACCACGUCUUCCUAUGCAGCAGAACUUGGCAGCCUCCCACCUUGGGUAGACCUGCACAUCUCGUUCAAAAGCCAGGAAAGUUUGGAUUCGCAAGCCCGGAAUCUUGCCAGUAACUUGCGGAAGCAGCGGGGAGAGAGCCCCUUCCCCCAGCACUUAGUUCAACAACGUGGUAUUUAUGAGUAAUUUAUUUUGUUUGAUAUGUACAUCUCUCUAUUUUCUUACUUUAUUUAUACUCCUAAGUUGUAUUUAUGAUGUA